UCAUGUGCGGGUCCGCUCACCUCGCGGCCGCCGUCGCCGAGUGCGGGCUUGCUGCCGAGGGCUGGGACUACAUCGACGGGGCUGCGGCCGACCUCGAAGUCCCCGCAGUGAUCGAGGGCUUCCGACAGCGCAUCCGCCAGCGUCGACUGUGCGGCCUGCACUUCGGCCUGGACUGGAAGACGUGGUCGAGGGCCAGAAAUAAUGACGGCCUUGGGCCGCCUCCGCUGCGUAGUGACCAGCAUCUUUUUGGCCUGCCUGCUCUCGCCCCCGCCGAUCAGAGGAAGAUAGACAGCGCUAGUGUAAUUUUCAGAAACAUCCUAAGCCUGGUCGAGGAGGCGGUCGCCGCCAACCUUUUCGUGCUGAUUGAAAAUCCUGCCUCGUCCAGGCUCUGGAUGACGCCGCAAUUGCUUGAUCUUGCUAAUGCAUACAAGGCAAAGUUUCAUCGUGUGGAUUACUGCCAGUACAACGUGCUGUGGCGGAAAGCCACGAUCUUUCUGACCUUUAACUUGCCAGAAUUAGAUAAUGUUCUGCUCACAUGUUCGGGGACACAAGCUCGCUGUAAUGCCUCCGGGAAAAAACAUAUCACCCUGCGAGGUAAGGACUCCCAAGGUAAUUUCUGAACGUCCCGCGCCUGCCCGUAUCCGCCCGCCCUCUGCACUGUGCUGGCGAAAGCGAUCAGCCAGCGGGCCAAGGCACUUUUUGAGGGUGGGUAGGGGCUUCAGUUUGGAGGCAGCAGAGCUGCUAGCGUCUCGUGCCGCCUGCCGAGCAGGCGAUCCCGAUUCAGAGCUUUUGAAGUGGUCAUAAGCAGUUGGCCCCGGCAAAAUGUAAUGAGCAUCGUCGUCACUUUGGCAUGGGCAGUAAAGCGUGAAUCAUGUGUAGAGCUCGCUCUUGAAUGAUUAGCGGUACGUUGAAUGCCGACAGUUGCUUCCGUAUGCAGAUUUGCUCAAGUUUUUUAGCGGCCCUACCGUCCGUCCCCUUUCUCCUCCUUCCUCUUCAUCCCUCUAGGGGCUUCAGUUUGGAGGCAGCAGAGCUGCUAGCGUCUCGUGCCGCCUGCCGAGCAGGCGAUCCCGAUUCAGAGCUUUUGAAGUGGUCAUAAGCAGUUGGCCCCGGCAAAAUGUAAUGAGCAUCGUCGUCACUUUGGCAUGGGCAGCAAAGCGUGAAUCAUG